AUGGCUUCGUCCACACCGGCCACUCCUGACACUCUUGUCACCUUGAAGGUCAACUUCCAGGGCAGCACCCGCCGGUUCAAGCUGCCCCUUCGUGACCUCGGUGCUAGCUCGCUGGAAGAUAAGAUCCGAGCCAGCCUCUGCAUUGCUCCUGGAGCCCACGCCACAUUCGAACGGUACUCCGAUUCCGCUUCGUCCUACGUUGUUCUCGACCACAGCAACAUUUCUGUUUGGAAGCAGCUCUACCGUGCUGCCAAGGCGAAGCAAAAGCUCAAGCUCCGAGUGACCCUCAGGGACUCUGACGAAGACGACAAGAAGCCCAGGCCGGUUACAGUCGAGGACGAGCCCGAGACCGAGAACCAAGACUUUGCCCAGAGCAAACCCGAGGCUCCUCUGAUCUCCACGGCUCCGUCCGAGGCUGCCGAGCCCACAAGGCCGGCACCAGAGCAGUCCCCAGCUCCUCCGUCCACGUUCCCACCACUGAAGGACCUCGCAGCUUCAGACCUGUCCAAUCUUGACAAGAUCAAGGCCCUGGACCAGCGCCUGGAGAAGGCAAUGAGCCAGCUGCAACUAGGGAUGGAUAAGUUUGAGUACACCUCUCCUGCUGUCAAGGCUCCAGCACAGGACACCCAGUCAGCGGAGCCCACGUCCGUCUAUGUGGCCCCCAAGUCGGCUAACUUCGCGGUCUGCUGUAACAACUGUGACCACACCAUACCCGACUCUCACUACCACUGUUCCACGUGCGACAACGGGGACUUUGACCUGUGCCCGGAAUGCGUCGAGCAAGGUGUCACUUGCUACAGUGCUGAGCACUGGUUGAUCAAGAGGUUCGUCCGAGGUGAUUCGAUCCUGGUCAGUACCACGGAAAGGAUCGCGCCCAAGCCGAAAGCCAGGGAGACUAAUGAGCCCACCUUGGCUCACUGUGCCCCUAUGAAUGAGCGGCUGCCGUCGCCCAGGUUCGCGCAGUUCCCCACCAGAACAUGCAAUUCGUGCGUACAGGAGCUACCUGACAAGGAGUUCUUGCAUUGUACUUCUUGCGAGGACUUUGACCUCUGCAAAUCUUGCUUCAAGGGCGACAAGCACGGCCACCACCCCAAGCAUGGAUUUACCCCUGCCGUGGAGGGCACGCCUCUGCCCUCAGACAUCUCCAAGAGGUUGUCCCCUGGCCGUAACCAGCGUCACCACGCCAUCUGCGACGGGUGCGAGAAGUUCAUCUUCGGUAUCCGACACAAGUGUCUCGACUGCCCUGACUGGGACUAUUGCGCAGACUGUGUUGUGAACGCCGGCUUCAUCCACCCUGCCCACCGUUUCGUUCCCAUCUACGAGCAGUUGGUAGAUGCCUGCACGCGAACCAUUUCGCGUCCUGUCCACUAUGGCAUCUGCUGUGAUGGCCCUCUCUGCAAUGGCACCCGCAAGGCCUACAUUGUCGGCGAGAGGUACAAGUGCACUGUGUGCCACGACACAGACUUCUGUGCCAGCUGUGAAGCAACCCCGGCCAACACGCACAACAAGACUCACCCCCUCAUCAAGUUUAAGACCCCUGUCAGACGCGUGGAGGUCACAACGAAGGGUGAGGAUGAGAACGGCCAGAAGAUGCCGGUGAUGGGCGACCGCCUCAUGCGCCACAGGAAGUCCACGACCUCUCAGGCGACGGAGACCACGCCAUCCAGCAACAUAGCUGCUAGCUCUGUGCAGACUGUCGUCGAUGUGAAGCCUACUGUUGGAGGCGGAGAGUCUCACCUUGAGACACUGAAGAAGUGGGAGCGUGCACAUGCAGAGCAACGAGACAUCGUUGCGGUCAAGCCCGCCACAAGCGCCACAAGGCCUGUUCGGAAAUCCGAGAUCCCCAGAUUUGCCCCUGCGGCCACCAACGCUGCUCCAGAGACCAAGGUAAACAACGACGGCGACGAAGUCGAGAAACUCGUCGCGGUGUUCGAACGGGACACCGUUGUGGACGGCACCGUCAUGCCUCAGAAUCACGUCUUCGAGCAGACUUGGGUGCUCCGUAACGCUGGCGAGAUCCCCUGGCCUGCUGGAUGCUCGGUCAAGUUCGUAGGUGGCGACUACAUGGGUCACAUCGAUCCCAACCACCCUGCUCGUCUGCAUGAUCUUGUCUCUGCCUCCGAGUCGACUGUCUGCUACAAUUCCCUGGCGCCAGGACAAGAGUUCUCGUUCACCGUUCUUCUCCGAACACCAGCUCGUGAAGGCAAGGUCAUCUCAUACUGGCGUUUGACUACCAGCGACGGUCACAAGUUCGGCCACCGCCUGUGGUGCGACGUGACCGUGCAGGCGCCAAAGGCAGUGGAGGAGUUGAAGAAAGAGGAGCCCGCCACCGCUGUGAAGAAAGAGUCUGAGCCCGCAUCGGAGACCAGCAGCCAAAUGAUCUUCCCGAAGCUGGAGAAGGAGUCUCUUGAGGCAAGCACCCACGAAGAUAUCAAGUCUGAGACGGCUGAGGUUGUUCACGAAGACAUCGACGACUUCGAGGACUGCGGCGAGGACGAUGAAUGGGCGGAGGAUGACGACGACGCAUUCCUGACUGACGAGGAAUAUGACAUCCUCGACGCAUCCGAUGAGGAGUACCUCGGCGACCAACAGAGAAGGUCGGAGAGAAAGUGA